AACUUUACACAGAGGGGUCCGUUCCACGACCAAGAUAAAUAGGACGGUGCUCUUCACAGAGACGAGGAGAUACAUGUGUCUUGUUUGAUGUCAAAAUGUUGAGAAAUGCCAUAAUUCGUCAGAUAUUCCCAGAAAGAAAGUGUAGAUCUGCUCAUUGGUGGUUUGACUGAUCCAGCCUCUGCCAACAUUAGAGGAGAUCAUCCGUGAUGGAGAUCACGUUUCUUGGAACAGCAUCUGCUUAUCCAACUCCUUCUAGAGGGGUCUCGUGCAUCGCACUGAGGAAUGAUGACUGGUGUUGGCUAUUUGACUGUGGAGAAGGAUCACAGAUACAGUUGAUGAAGAGCCCACUGAAACCUGGGAAAAUUGGCAAAAUAUUCAUUUCACAUCUCCAUGGUGACCAUGUUUUUGGCUUGCCUGGUUUGAUGUGUACCAUCAGUCAGAACAACGCUCGCAUUGAGCCAGUGGAGUUGUAUGGACCGGUGGGUUUGAGGAAAUUUCUCAGAGUGUCCCUUGAACUCUCCCGAUCAGAGUUGGGCUUCGACUACAUUGUCCAUGAGAUGCAGACAGUUGAUCAGCAGCUACCCGAAGGUUGGAAGGUGAUGACAGAAUUAUUCUUUUAUCCAAUAGCUGACCCAUGAUAUCUAUGUAUAAAGCCAUGUGAUAAUUUAGUGUUUCACAGGUUUGAAGACAAUAAGGUGACGGUUAUUGGCAUCUGGCUCAAACAUCGGAUACCAUCGUUUGGAUUUGUGAUAGAAGAAAAACCUCAUCCAGGAAAACUGGAUGUUCAAGCUGCUAAAGAUAAAGGUGUACCACCAGGAAAACUCUUUGGCAAACUCAAAUCUGGAGAAACUGUUAAACUUGAAAAUGGAACUGAGGUAAAAUCUGAAGAUGUUCUUGGACCCCCUCGCCCUGGUCGUAAGGUCGUCAUUCUCGGAGACACGAGUGACUCAUCACAGCUCCUCAGUGUGGGCCAGGGAGCGGAUGUAUUGAUACACGAAGCCACUGUCGAAGGUUCCAUGGAAGGAAAAGCUCGGGAGAAUGGACAUUCCACACCAGCAAUGGCAGCAACAGUUUGCCGAGAUAUUGGAGCGAAGCAGUUGAUUUUAACACACUUCAGUCAGCGAUAUAAGCCACUGUCAGCCGAAGUUAAGAAAGGGGAGGAUUCAGUUCGUGUUUUGUUGGAUGAAGCUGAAGAUAUUUUAGGAAAGAAUUCUGUGAUCUGUGCCGAGGACUUUACAACAUAUACAGUUCCAAUGAAGAGUUCUUGAUUUUUAUUGUGCAGUUUAGUUAUACACUUAUUAUGAAACAAUAAAGAUAUUUCUUAAACUAUUUAUCAAAGAUGGGUCAUCUCAGGUCACCAAGUACAAAGAUAUAUAGAGGGUAACUUUAUAAUGAAGUAACAAAGUAACAUAAAAUAAAAAAAUGUUUUGCCAAGUUGUAAUUAAAUAUGUUACACAUGUUUUUGUUUCCAAUAAAUGCUAUUUCAAUUUUAUAAAACAAAUUUAAAAAUUCUACAUUAAACUGCAGCCAUGUGGGUGACACACUGAAAAUUAUUACAUUUUUUUUGUUUUUUUAAGUUUUAAACAUUUAGCAUAUAUUUUUUGUAAGAUGCUCUGUGGUACUUACACAAACAAAAAUGUAGGAAUAUUACUUCUGACUUAUAAGGAAUAAAACAUAUGCAUCAAAAUAAAUUGAAACUGAAAAGCUCAUAAUUAACAAUUUUAUUACAAAGUUAACCUAUAAGUAGCACAAUGUAGUUACAUGAAGAAAAAUGGUAGGAUUUCGUUGUAUGAUUGUCACAAACAAGUUGGAACAUUUCUUUAAGCACACAAGUUAUUAUUUAUCAGCAUGUGGAUGUGCAGUAAAAAUCAAAGUACAGUGAAACCUGUCCUAGCGGCCACCUGUAAUCGGUGGUCACCUGCCGUAAUUGGCCACUUUUUUUCCCUCCUAAACUAUUUUUAAUGUAAAUGCACUCAUAAUAAGCUGUCACCUGUCUAACGCAGCCAGCGGCCAUAUAAAUCGGAUCCCAAAUCACUACAAUACCUGUAUUAAGCAGCCACAGUAGAUGUUUACUAUUGUAUAAAAAGGAUAUUUUAACAAUAGUGACAAGGUGCAGCAAAUAAUGGAUCUUCACACCUUCAAGAGUACUAGUACCCAUUCAGUCCCAACAUCUCUAAUGUGUAUCAUUUAAAAAAGUUUGACCCUGGAACACAUCUAAUUGCCUCUUGGUAGGCUAAGCUUGAUGUGUGUAGAUUCACUUGCUAUGACAAUACACCACAUGAAGUAGUAAUUAAAUAUUUAAAGAAAAAGAAAACAAACCUGUUCAGAAUUUUUUUAUUAAUACAUUCCAGCAACACCUUAUUUCUGAAUGUGAUAACAUAGUGAUUUAUAGUAAUCUAUGGACCACACAUUCAUUAAUUAGGAGUACAGAUGGUAAAAGAAAGAAACAACAACAUAUCUUAUAAAGACUGUGUGUAUGUAUGUAUGUAUGUAUGUGGCAAACUGUAAUCAGAGGCCACCUGUCUUAAGUGGUCGCUUUUCUCUACUCCAUUGUGUGUGAACGCUUGGACAGUUUGUAAGUUUGAUACACUGAGAUUUUCAGUUUCAAUAGAUCACAAGUUGAUUUUUUAACCCAUAUGCAUCCUGAUCUGACCUGAUCUUUUGAGAUUCCACAUAUUUAUAAAAUGUAACUUUAAUUCAUCAUGUUGUAAGUAUCGUUAUAAUAUUGCACAUAGUUUGCAGUGGCGGAUCCAAAAUAUCCAUUUGGGGUGGGGAGGGCAGUGACAUGAGGUGGAAUGCCAAGGGAACAUUGGGGGAGGUUUGGAGGGGGAAUGAAAAUUAAUAUAUAAAAAAAUAACUGUCGCAAAAUUUAGGGGAGGCUGCCCCCCCCCCCCCCCCGAUCCACCUCUGGUUUGUGUAAAAUAUUGAGGCCAGUAGGAACCAUAACUGGAAUGGGUGAGGAAGUGGAAAAAUACAAGCCAGAUUUUUAUCUUUAUUAUAGACAAAAAAAAAGAGGCGAAAACCCAUGCAUAUUAAUUCUCAAAUCUUAAAGGCAUCAUGAUUGGUAUUGUGUGUUAUGAUGAAGAUUUUAUUAAUAUAUAUAUAUUUCUUUAUACUGAUGUUGAAAUAUGUUUACAGCACAGGUUUAUUUUAAAUAAAUUAUUUUAAAAUC